AUGGCCGGCGGCAUCUUCUCCCCGCUGGGGAGCUGCUCGGAGCUGGAGAAGGGCGCCUGGCACCCGCUGGUGUGCCUGCUGUGCCACGAGCCCUUCCAGCACCCCUGCCUGCUCGACUGCUACCACAACUUCUGCGCCAGCUGCCUGCGCGGCCGCGCCGCCGACGGCCGCCUGCGCUGCCCCCUCUGCGGGCACCCCUCGGUGGUGAGGGGGGGCACGGGGCUGCCCCCCGUGGACCGGCUCCUGCAGUUCCUCGUGGACAGCUCGGCCGACGGCGAGGAGGACGUGCAGUGCGCCAACUGCGACCGGCGCUGCGCCAAGGCGGAUCUGGACGCCAUGUGCUUCUGCAACACCUGCAGCCAGCCCCUCUGCGCCCCGUGCCGCGAGGAGACCCACCGCGCCAAGGUCUUCGCCCGCCACGAGAUCGUUUCCCUCUCCAAGCGCACCAAGGACAUCCACAAGAAGUGCCCGCUGCACGAGGAGCCCUACAUCAUGUUCUCCACCGAGAAGAAGUCCAUGCUCUGCAUCAACUGCUUCAGGGACAUGCAGGGGGAGAGCCGGGCGCACUGCAUCGACAUCGAGACGGCGUACGUGCAGGGCUGCGAGAAGCUGGACCAGGCGGUGAUGGCGGUGAAGGAGCUGCAGACGUCCACGCGCGAGGCCAUCGUCCUCCUCAAGGCCAUGAUCGAGGAGGUGCGCAACAGCGCCAGCCAGGAGGAGACGGCCAUCAACGCCCUCUUCAGCGGCAUGCAGGAGCAGCUCUCCGAGAGAAAGAAGGCGCUCCUGAAAGCUGUGCAGAGCCAGCACGAGGAGAAGGAGAAGGCGUUCAAGGAGCAGCUCGCCCACCUCGCCUCCCUGCUGCCCACCCUGCAGGUCCACCUGGUGAUCUGCUCGGCCUUCCUGAGCUCCGCCAACAAAGCCGAGUUCCUGGACCUGGGCUACCAACUGAUGGAGAGGCUGCAGAGGAUCGUGAAGCUGCCCCACCGCCUGCGGCCGGCCCAGACCAGCAAGAUCAACACCGAGUACCGGGCGGAGUUCGCCCGCUGCCUGGAGCCCCUGCUGAUGCUCACCCCUCGCCGCUCCGUGGUGGGCAGCGCCGGUGGCAUCGGGCCUGGCAUCGCCGGCACAAACAUGAUCCCCGUCGGCCAGUCCUCCAAGACCCUCAUCGUGCCCGGCUGCCCCCCCAGCGGCGAUAAGAUGUCCACGGGCUCCAUGGUGCGGAAGCCGACGCUGCACCGGUACAUCAGCACCAAGGUCCUGCUGGCCGAGGGGCGCGAGACGCCCUUCGCCGAGCACUGCCGCAACUACGAGAACACCUACCGGAUGCUGCAGACGGAGAUCCAGGGCCUGAAGGACCAGGUGCAGGAGCUGCACCGCGACCUCACCAAGCACCACUCCCUCAUCCGGACAGAGAUCAUGAGCGAGAUCCUGCAGAAGUCGCUGCAGAUGGACGUGCAGAUCGCGGCCCACUACUCCUCGGUGGAGAUGAUGCGCAGCGUGUUCGAGGAGGUCUGGGAGGAGACGUACCAGAGGGUGGCGAACGAGCAGGAGAUCUACGAAGCCCAGCUCCACGACCUGCUGCAGCUGCGGCAGGAGAACAGCUGCCUGACCACCAUCACCAAGCAGAUCGCGCCCUACGUCCGCUCCAUCGCCAAGGUGAAGGAGCGGCUGGAGCCCAGGCUGCAGGAGCCCCGGGAGCCCAAGGACGAGCACACGCAGACGCUGCUCAGGAUCGACGACAACAGCGAGGCAGCACAAAGGGACGGCUCACCCGGCAGCAAGGAGAGCAGGGAGCGGGCCCUGGGGAGCCGAGGUGGCGGCCGCACGCCCACCCUCGCCCCCGAGGACCCGCUCCUGAAGAACGAGGAGCGCUGCCGAAGCAAGCAGAAAAGCAGGACCGAGAGCACCGCUCGGGAAGACCCCGGGGCUUCGAGCUGAACGCCGAGAGCCAAAUGCUCCGCGCUCACCAUCGGCGUUAACCAGCGGCAGCGCGUUAAGCAAGGAGCGUGCACACGGUAACGGCCAGGCUGUAUGUGAGAGAUCUGCUCUCCGGAGAUACAGACUUGUGUCAAAAACACCUGGGUUCAACCUAUUUUAGUCUUUGUGUUAGCAGUGGUUAUGGUUUUCCUUGAAGUACAUUCAGACACGUGGCUUUCACCCAGCUUUCUUUCCCUGGCUUUAGCGGUGAACGCAGCAGCUUGGUCACGCCAGCACCACACUGUUCAUACGACAUGGGAAUUUGCACU